AUGAUCAGUGAAGAGGCAAUUCAAGAUGGAGAAUUUGAAAUAGGUUAUUCACCUUAUGCAUGGGGAUUUGGUGAAAGUGCUAUAGUGACGACCAAAGGGCAAGAGUAUGAGUAUUACACAAUCAUUCUAACGUUAUUUGUUGGCAUGGAUCUUUCAAGUAACAAUUUUUCUGGGGACAUUCCAAUUGAAUUGGCCAGAAACAACUUAACAAGAAAUAUCCCCAUGGAAAUGGGAAACAUGAGAUUCUUAGAAUCUCUUGAUCUUUCGAGAAAUCAACUUUCAGGAAAAAUUUCCUCUAGUUUCUCAAGUCUGUGCACUCUAGAAGUUUUGGACUUGUCAUAUAACAACCUAUCUGGGAAGAUACCUUCAGGUACUCAACUUCAAGAUUUUAAUGCUUCAUGCUACAUCGGUAACAACCUCUGUGGCCCUCCACUCUUACAAAGUUGUAGUGUUGAUGAGGGCAAAAUUCCAAAAAAUGAAAAUAAAGGAGAUGAUAGUUCUGAAGUAGUGGAUUGGUUUUAUGUUAGCAUGGCUAUAGGAUUUGCAGUGAGCUUUUGGGCGUUCUGUGGUUCUUUGCUUCUUGUGAGACCUUGGAGGAUUGUUUAUUUUCAAUUUUUAGAUGACAAGUUGAAGUCUGUUGGGCACAUGCUCUGA